AUGCAUUUGUCACUGGAUACCAUGAACAUGGUGGAUGACAGCUGUCUUUCGCCCAGUAAUUUCCAUGAUAUGGUCAAAGCUGGGGGCGCAGUGGUGGGCACCCGUGUCCACAGCAUAGAUGUGAUCCUAGGCUUCAACAAGGACCAGGAUUCGUUGCUCAACCCUGGAGCCAAUGUUGUAGCACACAAAGUUGGAGCGGAGAGUCUUGGAGAACCAGGAAAGCAGGACCAACGGGUACAACCCUACGGACAUCUGCCACCCCUUAGGGAUGGAUCGGAGCAACCUACAUUUCACGAUGCUGACAUGUUCUCCAACAAGUGUGAUGGGGACCUGGGGGACCUGCGGAAAGCCAUCGAGAGUGACAGCAAGUCUCCAGAUUCAGCUGAUGGGGAGCAGCCCAAAAAAAAGCACCGCCGCAACCGCACCACCUUCACCACAUACCAGCUCCAUGAGCUUGAGCGAGCCUUUGAGAAGUCACACUACCCUGACGUUUACAGCCGAGAAGAGCUAGCCAUGAAGGUCAAUCUGCCUGAAGUUCGAGUGCAGGUUUGGUUCCAGAAUCGCAGAGCCAAAUGGAGGCGUCAGGAAAAAAUAGACGCGAGCACCAUGAAGCUCCAUGACUCCCCCAUGCUCUCCUUCAACCGCCCGACCAUGCAUCCCAAUGUGGGGCCCAUGAACAACUCACUACCCCUCGACCCUUGGCUGCCCUCGCCUCUAUCCAGUGCCACUCCAGUGCACAGCAUCCCAGGGUUUAUGGGUCCUACACAAGGACUGCAAACGGGCUAUCCCGGUCACAGUUUCCUCAGCCCACCCCAACCCAUGGCACAAAGCAUGCAGCCCAUGGCGCCUCCUCCAUACCAAUGCCCUCCUCCCUUCACCGAUAAAUACCCUCUGGAGGAUGUAGAUCAACGCAGUUCAAGCAUUGCCGCACUGAGGAUGAAAGCCAAGGAACAUAUCCAGUCUAUGGACAAAACCUGGCAACCCAUGUGCUAA